AUGGUUUAUGCGAUUCUUGGGAUACUGGGGAACUUCCUGGUCAUCCUUGUGGUGUUCUGGAAAACUUCCUCCAGAUGCUCCACUGACAUCCUAGUGGGCAAUCUAGCUCUUGUAGAUUUCUUGUUAUCCAUCGAGAUGAUUCCCCGCCCGAGCGCUCAAACAAUGCCUUCAAGUGUUGCGGGACGUCUCUAUUGUAUCUUCAUCUCUUCUCCUAUGUUACAAUGGAUGCUAAUCACAGUAUCUUCUUAUAAACUUGUCGCCAUGUGUUUCGACCGCUACUUCGCGGUUGUCCAUCCUGUCAUUUUCAAUCGCAUGGUCACAAAGCGGCGAGCGUAUAUUUGUACAGCUCUUGUUUGGUUGACGUUCAUGCUCGCAGGAAGCAGGGGCAUCUUUGUGUUCUAUGUUAAAGACCUCACUGGACGGUGCGUUCGCAGAGGAUUUUCCGUCGAAGGCGACAUGGCCUAUGCUGCUUACAUCCUCUGUCUUCGCAUUGGUUUGCCUACUGUAUUUAUCUUUCUCACCCAAAUUCUAAUAGCCAAGAAACUUUACCGAGAGGCCCAACAUUUCUCCAAGAUCUUAACAGAAGGAUCUGUCACCGCUGGUAAGCCAUCAAUUCAUCUGAAAGCUCGUACUCGCGUUCUUAAAAUGAUGCUUAUUGUCAUAGUUGUAUUCAUCAUUUGCUGGGCACCGUCUCAGAUUGCCUACUUCUGCGCAAAAAUGGGGUUCGGCACUGCCAGGAAUUACCUUGGGAGUCCAGUGCAAGGAGUGCAACGUUCCUUCAUAAACCUGGCUUACUUCAACUCGUGCGUCAAUCCUUUUAUCUACACUGCCAGGAAUCCAGGGUUUCGUAAAGCACUCAAAUGCAUCUUUAUCUGUUCCCGAUCAAGCCACGAUCCUGUCUUUGGACACGAAGUGCAGACAUCCUCUAGCCUGGGGCGUAACAGGGAAAGUUUUGUCAACGCUAAGACUAAUUCUGUAGAUCAAAUAUUCAUCUCAUGUGUUUUUGCAAAUAGUUUAAUGUGUUUGAUGUUUUAA